GCAGCUAAUAUGAUUAGGGCAGCGUCUAUGAAUAACUGGACGAGGCUACACUGCUUUGGUCAUAGACUGCAUUUAGCCAUCGAGAAUGCCAUGAAGGAUCCAAGAAUUGACCGGGCUGUGGGCGUCUGCAAAAAGUUGGUGAGCACCUUCUCCUACAGCUGGCAGCGUAAGAGGGAGUUUAUUGCAGCACAAAAGGAGCUGAAGCUCCCAGAACACUCACUGAAAACAGAGUGUCCAACGAGGUGGGGAUCACGUCAAGCCAUGAUAGAGAGAGUCAUCGAGCAGCAAAAGGCCAUUGCACAUGUCCUGUCUUCUGACAAGAAGUCUCGGCAUCUCAUCCCAACAUGGCAGGACACGGAUGUGCUAGAGGCAAUCAACAAAUCCCUGCAACCUCUAGUUAAGUUUACAGAUGCACUGUCUGGCGAGACGUACGUCAGCGUGUCGUUUGUAAAGCCAGCUCUUCAUCUUUUCAACUCGUCAAUCUUGAAAGUUACGGAUGAUGAUACUGACCUGUCAAGAGCAAUAAAGUCUAAAAUCCUGGAGUAGCUAAAUGAAAAAUACAGCGACCCACAUAUCCAGGCUCUGUUGGACAUGGCAUCUACUGUGGAUCCACGUUUUAAGAUGAGCGAUAAGAUUCAGCUACACCGCUGAAGACAACAAAGCAUCAAUACAAGCCAGACUGAAAGCUGAGAUGCAGACUGUGGCAAUGAUGGUGACACUCCCAGCACCACCACAAGAAAACACUGAGGAGAAUGCUGAAGCUGGAUGCGCUCCAAAGAAAAAGAUGACUUGAGGAAGCUACUUUAAAACUACUGAACAAGACUUGCCAUCUAGCAACCACAAACCC